UAUAAAGUAUUGUUGCUGUUGUGCAUGCCAAGAAAUAUCGAUAAUGAAAAGAUAAAAAAUUAGCGAAAUGGACACACAUAAUAUACAGUUUGUAGGUGCACCAUGUGGAAGACAUGCACAAAAUACUUUUUACAAAGCAUUGAAAUAUUUAGAAGAUGGGAAAUAUAAAAUUUUGACACUUGGAGAAUUUUUUUAUAUGAAGAUAAGUAAAUUGAGCCCAGUAUGUGUUGGUGAACUCCAGAUGAUUUAUUCUAUAAAACAACAAGAAGAUGUCCAUGUGAUGACCAGUGUCCGAACUUAUUUUCUACCAGAACAUACACCAGAAGGCAGACAGGAGACACACGGAGAGGAUGAGUUGUUUGCAUUUUCUGAGAAGCUAAUACUGAAGGCAGAGGAUUUAGUUUGUUUAUUAGAGGAUGGAGUUCGGUGGACUUGGGGACGGCGGUUAUUUCAGGAAGAUGAACUGGAGGGAGAUAUUACAAACAGUGAUGACCUGGAUCAGAGAAUGACCAUUCGUAACUGUGGAAUGAACUUUAGUGAUGUUGACAAAGAAAAAGAAGCCAUAGGUUACACAAGGAGUGAGUCGUCGACACAACUGACGAUUUUAAGUUAUCCACAAUACUGCAGAUACAGAGCUGUGUUGAGACGACUGGAGCAUGUUAAAGACAAGUGGUUGAAAAGUGUCGUAAUUUGUGCCAUUGGUGGAAUAAUAUCUAAGUCAAAGGACAAUAGAAUAAUGUUCUGUAGAGAAACAUUCUAUGAUGCUGAUCUUGAAACUUUAGAAAUUAAUUGUGAACAUCUAGCACCAAACUUGAAGGGAAGAAAAAGGAGGAAAAGAUCAUCUAUCAUGGGAGAAAAUGGAGAAUCUGACAGUAAUGAUGUUUCCUCAGAGUACUCCAUUCCAACUGUUCCAAAGGAAAAGACUGGGAAAAGAGAAUCAGCAUUGAGAAAUGGUUUUAGAAUUGAUAAAAUGAGAGUCAGUAAAGAUGAACAAGAAUUCCUGUUUAGCCUUCACAAGUUUAUGAAGAAGAGAAAUAGUCCAAUUGGUAGAAUUCCAUCUCUGGGGUUUAAACAGAUUGAUCUGUACAUGUUUUGGUCUCAUGCUAUGAAGAUUGGUGGAUAUGCAGCUAUUACACAGAAAAGAAUGUGGAAACAUUUAUAUGACAUACUUGGUGGAAAUCCAGGAAGUACUAGUGCUGCCACCUGUACUAGGAGACAUUAUGAAAAACUUCUGUUGCCUUAUGAGAGGCAUACAAGAGGAGACUUAGCUAACAGACCUCUUCCACUGAAAUCCAAAAAAUGUAAGAUUCUUGGUAGACCUCCAGGAAAACCCCUUGGACGGCCCCCAAAAGACAAGGAAAAGAAAACUACCCCAGAUAAGACAGAGAUGAGGGAAUCACCAAAAGAGGUUAUGAAAGAAUCUCCAACAGUUGUGUCAGAAGAUAAAUUGAUGAAUCGUAUCAAACGGGUAAAUUUGAGAGAAAGAUUUAAGUUAAAAUUACAAGAAAAAGCAUUAAAAUGGGAAGAAUUAAGGAAUCAGAAGGCCAAAGAUAGAGAUAAGGUUAAAAGAGGCAGUUCUAACCCUAGAACAGUUAAAAACAUUCUCAAUAGUGCAAUGGCUAACAAGUCCAAAUCAGAAGUGGAAUCAUCGAAGGAGAAUAAACAGACAGAGGAAACAAGCGAAAAUGUCUGUGAAGCAAAGAUAGAUAUAACAGCCGUGAAAAAAGAACCUUCCGAUUUAUUGGCAUCGCCAACAAAGCAUGUGGCUAACCAAUCAAAACUGUUCAGACCUCCAGAUGUGCAAUCAACUAGUGCUAAAAUAGAAAACAAGAUAUUAUCUCAAGCUAACCCGGCAAUAUCCCUUUGUGGGCCUCAUCAUCCCUCACAACAAAUGUUUUAUCCUCAUCCGUUUGUGCAAUUAGGAGCUAUGCAUCCUCUUGGAUUACCUAUAAUUAAUCAACUACCAAUGGCAAUGCAGCAGUACCUUCAACCCAAUUUACCAGCAGCUAAACCAGUUCAUCGACCUAACAUUUUAAGAAGUCCUACUGGAUUGCCUAAAUCAUUUCAUGUUUCAUCUGUAACCACGGAGCAAGACAAAAUGGCAGCCCUAGCAUUAUUUCAGCAACCAGCUCACACUAAUAAUCAUCACAGCAAUAUACCAUCACAACUGCCUGGCAAGUCGCCAAUUACCCCUCCAGCUCAUGCACAUCAAAAAAGGUCACAUGAAUCUUUGUAUUCACCGAAGUAUGACAUUCCAAGUCAUUCUAAGUCUUUAUCAAAUAAAUCAUUAUUGUUUGACUUUGAAACUUCAAAGAGAAUGAGAAAAGAUAGUGAUACAUCUGUGAACUCAAAAACAAAAAGUGCAACAGAAGAUGAACAGCCUCAGGAUCUCAGUAUGAAAACUUUAUGCAAAAAAAGUGAAAGCAAUUCAGAUAAUAAUGUGUUACGGCAGCAGUCCUCCUCUUCAAGUUCGAAAGACAGUUCAGUGAAAUCCCAGAGGUUAGAAAUGACCUUGAACUUACCUAAACAUUCUAUGGCUAAUAUACUGAAGACACCGGUUUUCUCCAAGAGAAGUUCGUCUCCAAGUAAUGUGUUCAGUAAUAAAUCUCCGGUGUUCAGCUCCCCCUCAAGUCACUCUUCAACAAAGGGAGACAUUUUACAGACAACAUCUCCUUGCAGUCAGCCAUCUGUGAUAUCACCAGUUCACCCAGCAUUCCCACAACAUUUUCUACGAUCGCCUGUCCCCCAGCCUGGCAUGUUUCCUUCACAAUUACAACAGUUAUAUGAAGCACAAAUCCGAGCCACACAAGUAGCCGCCUUGGAAGAAAUGAUGCAAAGAGACCAUAAUAUGUAUCCUAGAAUGCCAUUUCCUAUGUUCAUGCCACAGAUGCCCCUUCACAUGAAUAAUUCGAAAGACAAAAAUAACUAUGCACAUGCAAAGUAGCGUGAAAAUACAACAUGUUGUUAUAUGAUUGUAACUUGUUAAAUUUUGUUUAAAAUGUUAUUCUUGUUUAGCAUGCAUUUAUAUAAAUUCUAUAAGAUAUAGUUUUAGGUUUAUUUGUUAAUAACAGAACAUUUUAAGAAUGGUAUUACACAAUAAAAUCUCUUCGACAGUGUAACUUUUUAAUCUAGGGUUUUUGAAUUGUUGUUUAAACACAUGGCUUUUAGUGUUGGAUCUCCAAUCUUUUCAGAACUGGCGAAAACAUUGACAACUGAGCAGUGCAGGUUUUAGCAGCUAGCAUUUUUUUUCAUAGCUUUUACUAUAAUUUAAUAUAUUUGACUUGUGGAAAGGGAAGUUGUGUUAGGUUGAAGUCAUACUGGUACUCUCUAUUAUGGAAAAAAGAACAUACCAUUUCCUAUUGGUUUUCAAAAGAACAUGCCUUUUCCUAUUGGUUUUCAAAAGAACAUGCCUUUUCCUAUUGGUUUUCAAAAGAACAUGCCUUUUCCUAUUGGUUUUCAAAAGAACAAUACAAUUUGAAAAAGAUAACUAACAACACCAUGCUAUUUUUUUUAGGAAUAAUUUUGUCCCUUAAGUACUUAAAAAUUGUUAAAAUUUUAUUAACUUCUUUUUCUAAGAAUCAAACGGUAGAUUACUUUUAUGAAGCCUAUAUUUAGGUUUUAUAUAUAUAGUAUUACCAAUUCAGCUAUGCUCUUUGAUAAAAACUCUUUUUAAUGCUCCUUUGAAAUAAAAGAAAAGGGAAGGAGAACUUAGUUAUAUAUAGUAAAUACAAAAAUGAUUCUUUCAUUCCUUUUGAUUGAUUGCUUAAAAGUGCAGUAGCCAAUAUUACAACAUUUCAGAAUGGUCUUCCAUGGAAAGUUUAGUAUAUCUAUCAUACAUUAAUGGCAAAAUCAAAUAAGUAUACCAUUUCUUAAGGUGUACCAAAUUAUUGAAUGGAUAACUACUUAAAUAUCACAUUUAAACCCUAUUAUAAAAGUCUACUCCUUACAAUCAAUCUCUUCCACGAGGGUCUGGAUGAGGUUUACAGAACAGAGAAUAAUGGCCAAAAAGUGCAGAAUAAAAGGCAAAAAAUAUAAAAGAAUAAUAAGGAACUAAAAUAUAAAGAAUAAGAGAUAAAUGGGCUCAAAAAUUAAAGACCAUACAGAAAUGAAGUACCCUCAUCCAGACCCUUUUCCUCUUUUGUGUAUUAUGCAACAUGGCUUAUGCAUUUUUAUACAGCAAAUCUACCAGUAGGUGGGAGCUUCUUUUGUUUUUAUAUUGUAUUGAUAUUGGUCAUCAUUUAUUCACACUAAACAGUGACUUACAUGUAUGAGAACUGUAUGAGAACAAUGUUCUCAGCUUUAACGCAAAAUCAGAAAUUAAACGUAUGUUUUUAUCAAUGGAAAAAAAAAGGCAAAAUGAAUAUUGCUAUCAUUAAAACUCGUGCAUGCAUCAAAUUUUUUUAAAUGCUUUCAUUAUUAUUCAGAAAUUAUUGUCUGCAUUUAUUAAUAAAUGUGUGAGUGAUUAUAGACAACAUUUUAAUGCUACUGGAAUUUGCUGCAUUCAGAUAAUGCCAACAGGAUUUUGAAUACAUGUUCUGACUUAUGCAAUACUCAUUCAGUCACAAUAUUUAUACAUGCUUUUAUAAAAACAACACAAACAUUUCUGAAUUUACAGUAGUUGAUGUCAAUAUUAUGUGUUUUCUAUGCAGUGUUAUAGAAUGUAAGACAUUUUAAACAAUAAGAGAUUCACUUUUGUUGAUGUAAAAUGAAUAGGUUGUAAAGGGGAAAUGUAAUUGGGUAAUAUUUAUUUGUAUACCGGUAUGAAAUUGAGUAUGUGAUACUGUAAGACAGCUUAAGUCAGACCUUUUUUCUUUUAAUUAUGUCAGACUACAACAUAUAGUUUUGUGUUUAGAUAUUUUUUGUUUAUUUUUGUGUUUGAGAUGAAGUAAACACUGUGAUAUGACAUCAUUGUUCAGUCAUGAUUAUUUAUAAAAAUAAUCUAACAGUACUGCAAAUUCUACUUUUUAAAUUUUUAUCUUAAAAGAAAUAAGUAUUAAAAAAAAGGAGAUGUGGUAUGAUUGUCAAUGAGACAUCUAUUCACCAAAGUUCAAAUGAAGUGGAUGAAAGCAAUUAUAGGCAACAGUAUGGCCUUCAACAAUGAGAAAAACCAUACAGUAUAGUCGGCUAUAAAAGGCCUCCACAUGAAAAAUACGAAUCAAUUCAAUUGAGAAAACUAACGGCCUAAUUCAUCACAAAACAAUUAACGAAAAACUAAUAUGUUAAGAUUUCUAUUUUUAGGUCCAUUGUAGAAUAAGUACCCGAGAUAAACAUCUUACUCAAAUCCUAAAUAUAUUCAAAUGGAAUAGCACUAAAUAGUAGUUUACAAGGAAAUAAAAAGUUCUUGUAUUUGAGUUGUCUUUACUUUAUAUAUGAAAUCCAUUACUUUUAUGUGGAAGGGUAUGCAUUAUGAUUUUUUACCCAGAUUUACAUGUAUUUGAAUGGUUACAAGUAAAACAGAAAGUUAAGUUACAUUUCUGACACAAAAACAGAUACUUUUUUGUAUAUUUUAUGUUAGUUGUGUUUGUUAAGUGCCUUUAAUUUAUUUGUAGAAUUUAUGCAAAAUGCAGUUUUGAGUUUUGUCUCUUUAUUUAUUUUUGGUUCAGUGCAAAGAAUGUAUUGUGAAACCAUAAUGUUAAUGCUUUCCAUCUGGAUGAAAUGUUUUAAUUAGUUAAUAUCCAAUGCCUCAUGGAAUGGAACAUUACCACAAAAUAAACAGCAGAGAAUAACACAAUAUCUUCAAAAAUACUGAGAUCCAAAUUUUAACUGUUGAUCUUAUUUUCAGUAGAAGAGAAGAAACAUAUAACUCUAUAAUGUCUUCAAACAUUAUAUUUUAAAUUGAACUUUAAGCACAUAGAGUAUAUAAUGUUUAAAUGUGUAUAUUUGAUAAAAAUAUCACUUUCAUUGAAAAAACGGUAGAAAUAAUAAAAAUUUCAGUGUUUGCAAUUUUGGUUGAAAAUAAAAAUUGUGGAUACUAUACAUGUAGCAAGAAGAUACCCAAAUCUGUCAAGGUUACAUAUCACACAUGCUGAUCAUUAAUAAUGAAAUUUCUACAAGGCUGAUCUUUAUAAUUUUAUAUUGCAUUUAACUAUAAACUUGUGUUCAUUUUAUUUCAAUGCAGUUUUUCAAUUUUCUGUAAAAUCAACUUUUGUAAAGCAUAAUAUAUAGCAAUACAUCAGUUAACAUUGUAGUCAGGAACAAUUCCAUCAGUACUGGUAAUGUUUCAAAAUUCUCAGGUUAAAUGUGUCUUAAUGUUAUACAGAUCUCUGGUCAUAUGGAUUUUCAAAUUAUUCAUGUAUUUCUCUGGACAAAUGGGUCAACAAAUUACAACUGCACCUCUAUUGUUAAAGGAUUGAUAAAUGAUAUGUGUAUUUUAAUGAACCAGUAUAUUUUUAUUUCUUAGCUUGCAAAGUUUUGAAGAAAAAAAGAAAAUCUGAUACAUUUGUGUAGUUUUGUGGGUUUAUAGACAAUUCUGUUCAUAAUUCUCGAAAAGAUUAAGGAACAGAUUUGCAUUUAUAUAUAAGAUCAGAGAAGUACUGAUCCCCUUUAAUCUCUUAAUAAAACAUUUGAAAAGAAUUAAAGAAAUUUAUGAUUCGAAUAAGCAGUAAACAAAUAAAUUUUGGACCAAUUUCUUUCAUAAUUGUUCUGAACAGUAUCUGUGAUCCAAUUACAAAUAUUUCAAACAAUAAUCUUAGGCUUGAUCCUACCUUAGAUAAAAAAAAGUCAUUAACAGUUUGGUGCAGAUUCAAAACUUUUGCUUUACUUAGAAGUUUGGUAUACUUUUAAAUCACAAAAAUUUUCAUUUUUCUCUACAAAGUAUACAAAGAAUUUUGACACAUUACCAUUAUAAUCAUCUCAAUGUUAAGUCAUCAGUUAAUUAUAUUAUGUAUAUUUUAUAUGUUAUUAUAGUUUAUGAGAUACCUGUGAUUUUAAAUACAGCUAUCAAAAACAAAAGUUA